AUGGCUUCAGAUACCGUUCAAACCGACUAUGAUAAGGAGAAACAGCAAGUCAACCAUCAUAUCGAACAUGCAACUACCCAUACUACUUCCGACUCGGUUCUUGACCUGCAGCCAGAGCUCACACUUCAGGGUGUGGACAUGAAAAAUAGCCAUGCACUCAAGGGAGACGACUCGGAUGGAAAGGUGGAGUGGAGUGUGCGGAGUAUUUUCGCUGCUAUCUUCUUGGCUGCACUGUAUACUGGCUCCCAAGUAAUCCUCUACUUCACCGGCGCCUCUCUAUCCUUCAUCGAGGAAGACCUAGGUCUAGCACGCGGCUCGGCGUGGCUCCCCACUGCCAACAUUCUCGCCAUCGCCGCCGUCUGCCCAUAUGCAGGCUACCUCCAAGACCUGUUCGGCAAGCGGUACAUUGCUCUUUUCGGCUCGGUUUGUAUCUGUCUAGGAUGCGCAUUAGUGGGUAGCGGACACAGCUUUGGGCAGUUGUUGGCCGGCAUGGCAGUCUCUGGCGCUGGGGCUGCUACAGGGGAACUGACUGGGCUUGCUGGACUUGCGGAAGUAGUACCUGUGAAAUACCGAGGCUACUCGCUCGCUCUCGUUACAGCUUUUGUUUUACCAUUCUGUCCAUAUCUGCUCUACGUAGAACUCUGGUCGCAUUCAGACGACGGCAUCGGUUGGCGCUGGGGUCCUUGGUGCGCACUCAUCUUCAACGGUAUCGUUGGUAUUGGUCUAGCCCUGACGUACUUUCCUCAAAACCACUCGCGCGGAGAUGGCUUCUCGCGUCGAGCGAUUCUGAAGCGGAUCGACUAUAUCGGCGGCGUCCUAUCCAUCACCGGUCUAACGCUAUUUCUCGUAGCCCUUCAAUCAGGCGGCUACACUCAUCCCUGGACCUCCGCCUACGUCCUAACCACCAUGCUCAUCGGCCUCUUUCUCAUCGCAACCUGGGUACUCUACGAAGCCAAAUACGCACCGUACCCCAUGGUACCCUCUGAGCUCUUCAGUGGCCAACGCAUCGUAGCCCUCGCAUACGUCGUUGCCUUCGCCGCAGGCAUGAAUUUCUUCUCCAUCCUAAACUUCUUCCCCGUCACCUUCAGCAGCGUGUACGCACCAGUCCCCGUUUCCAUUGGACUCCGCGGCCUAGGUCCCGCUUUAACGACGGCCGUAGGCGCCAUCUUCUUCAACGCUGCGUUAUCCCGGUUUCCCGGGCAUACGAGAGAAGUCUUGCUCGUGGCCGUGGGUAUCAUGACGGCUUUUGCGGGGGCUCUGGCAGUCAUGACACCGGAUAAUGAGCGCUUGGUGCUUUUCCUCGGUUCCAUGGCUGGCUUUGGCGUCGGUGGUGUACUCGUUCCUGCUGCCACUGUUGCUAUGCUUGUUUGUCCCGACGCGCUUAUUACUACGGCUGCAGCGCUAUCUCUGUCGAUCCGUACGGUUGGGGGUAGUAUUGGGUAUUCCAUCUACUACAAUAUCUUUGCUGGGAAAUUGACUACGAAUCUACCAAAAUACACGGCAAUGUACGCCGUGGAAGCUGGGCUGCCGCUGGAGAGUGUCGAGGCUUUUGUAGGCUUGUUCCUUACUGCGCCAGAGGAGCUGGCUACGACAAGUAUUGUGGGUGUUACACCGGCUGUUGUCGAGGGUGCGACGAGGGGGACGAGGUGGGCGUACAGUGAGAGUUUGAAAUAUGUUUGGGUGAGUGCACGAUUCUAA